AUGAGACUGGUGUACAUGUUGCUGUUUGUUGCCUUCACUCUGCUGGUUUUCAAUGCUGGCAAGAUCCUCUCAGGAAGAGCAGAGGAAGAAAAGAGAGUGCAGAAAGUGUGGGCCAGAGAUGGGAAUUCAGCAGUGCUGCCUUGCUACCUGAGUCCUAAAAAGCUGAAGAACAGCUGGAAACAGCUAUCUGACAAGACAUCUGUGCUGUGGAAGCGGCAUGGAGGCAGUGCCCACCAGGAGCCACAUAUGGUGUUGGAGGUGGAGUACACAGGACUCCGAAAGAUGGCCCUGCCCAUGAGGCCCCGAGUGUCAGUCCAGGACCAUGCCUUACGCAAUGGCAAUUUCUCCCUGCAAAUCGACCCUGUCAGGAUUGAGGAUGCAGGACUGUACGAGGCACAGGUGUCUUACAGCAACAAGGUCCAGAACUGCCAGGUGGAGCUGGGUGUGGUAACAGUAACCCUCAAUCCUCCUGGCUUUGUGGUAGAAAACGAGCCCCUGUUACUGAGCUGUAACUCUAGUCACCGGGCCAGCCUUGUGGAGACACGCUGGUUCCACAAUGGGCAACUGGUCUCCAGCUCUGGCAAUCUCUGCUCCUUCCAUGGGACUCUGUCCAUCCUCCGUCCAUCCAUGAGUGACUCAGGUCCCUGGCACUGCCAGCUCAGAUACUCUGAUAAUGAGAUCAUUUCUGUUACACACAACUUGCAAAUUCUAGGUUUUCAGGGCCCAGUCAACCCUAUAGUCUAUGCUGCGGCUGGCUCUGCAACUGACCUACCAUGCACUCUGAGCUACCUGCCCAGAGCCUCUGGGAUCAACAGAGUAAAAGCCUACUGGAGCCGCCUGGCAGGAGGACACUUGGAAACAUGGGGCUUCUCUAAGAACUGGAGUAGCAGAAGCUUUCCCCUUCAUCUUUCUGUGGUGGGUUCAGGUGAUGCAGGGCAGUACCACUGAGAUGUAGAACAGCCUAUUGUUUUUCUUGAAGUUAGUUUUCUUUUUUCUUUUGUUGCAGUCACCCCAAACAUCCAAGGACCAGUCUCUGAGGGAUCUCGCUUGUUCCUCAUAUGUAGUGUCACACACCCCCAGGGACAUGAACGCUUCCGGUGGAAGCACCUCACCUCAUCUUCCACUAACAACAAGCUGCUUAUGGCCAACUCCCAUAACUCAGAGGGCCACAGAUCACCAACAGGCCCUACCUUGGAAAUACCCCGAGUAUCACAGAAGGAUAUGGGCACAUGGGAAUGCAGUGUACAUGGCCCAGAAGGAAGACUAGGAGCAGUGGAAUAUGGACUGCACAUCAUGGGUGCCCAGGUCUCCAGCCCUCCCACCAUUUUCAGUGGGCAGGUUACUUUUGGACUCACAAUCACCCUCUUCCUCCUGCUUAUAGUCUGUGUUCUGGCUCUGGCCCUACAGAAAAGGGUACAAUCCCCUGCCUUCCCAGCGCUGGAAGGGACAGCUGCAGUCAGUGUGCCAAGGAAGGAGGAGUUGGAGAAGAAGCAGGAAGAACAGAUCCAGCAGACUAAGUGUUGA